CAUUAUGUUCCAUCAAUCCAAACGAAGCCGAAUCGUAACUCUCCCGCGCGCUUUCACCUCACAUUCUCGAACCUUCCUUCACCGGCAACGAUGGCCACCGCAACUCUCAGCCCCGCCGACACCGAUAAGCUCUCCAACCUCAAAUCCGCCGUCGCUCACCUCAGCCAAAUCAGUGAGAAUGAGAAGAGCGGAUUCAUCAACCUCGUCGCUCGUUAUCUCAGUGGAGAAGCACAGCAUGUUGAAUGGAGUAAGAUCCAGACGCCUAAUGAUGAAGUGGUGGUGCCUUAUGAUAGUUUGGUACCAACUCCUGAAGAUUCUUCACAGGUGAAGAAUCUCUUAGAUAAGCUUGUGGUGUUGAAGCUUAAUGGAGGCCUGGGGACAACUAUGGGUUGUACUGGUCCAAAAUCUGUCAUUGAAGUUCGUGAUGGAUUGACAUUUCUUGAUUUAAUUGUCAUCCAAAUUGAGAAUCUCAAUUCCAAAUAUGGAAGCAGUGUUCCAUUGCUUUUGAUGAACUCGUUCAACACUCAUGAUGACACUCAAACGAUUGUUGAAAAAUACAAAAACUCGAAUAUUGAGAUUCAUACCUUUAACCAGAGCCAAUACCCUCGAUUGGUUGUUGAUGACUUUUUGCCAUUUCCAUCCGAAGGACAGACUGGCAAGGAUGGGUGGUACCCUCCUGGCCAUGGAGAUGUCUUCUCAUCAUUAAUGAACAGUGGAAAACUUGAUGCACUUUUAUCGCAGGGUAAGGAGUAUGUGUUUGUUGCCAAUUCAGAUAACUUGGGUGCUGUAGUUGACUUGAAAAUCUUAAAUCAUUUGAUCGAGAACAAGAAUGAAUACUGCAUGGAGGUGACUCCCAAGACAUUGGCUGAUGUGAAAGGUGGCACUCUGAUUUCUUAUGAAGGAAGGGUUCAGCUCCUGGAAAUCGCUCAAGUUCCAGAUGAACAUGUUAAUGAAUUCAAGUCAAUAGAGAAGUUCAAAAUUUUCAACACAAAUAAUUUGUGGGUGAACUUAAAAGCAAUUAAAAGGCUUGUUGAGGCUGAUGCUCUGAAGAUGGAGAUUAUUCCGAAUCCAAAGGAAGUUGAAGGAGUGAAAGUUCUUCAACUCGAAACUGCUGCCGGUGCUGCAAUUAAGUUUUUUGACAAGACUAUUGGAAUCAACGUUCCUCGAUCCCGCUUCCUUCCAGUGAAGGCAACUUCAGAUUUGCUUCUAGUUCAGUCAGACCUGUACACUUUACAGGAUGGAUUUGUUCUUAGGAACCAAGCUAGGGCAAAUCCUCAAAACCCUUCUAUUGAAUUGGGACCAGAGUAUAAGAAGGUCAGCAACUUCUUGAGCAGGUUCAAGUCAAUUCCCAGUAUAGUUGAGCUCGAUAGUAUAAAAGUGGCAGGCGAUGUAUGGUUUGGAGCUGGUGUUAUCCUCAAGGGGAAAGUCAGUAUUGUUGCAAAACCAGGUGCAAAGCUGGAAAUACCUGAUGGAGCUGAGAUUGCUAACAAGGAGAUAAAUGGUCCUGAGGACCUGUGAGGAUUUAAAAUUUGUCUGGCAGUGCAAUCUUUUCAGUCUUCUUAUUGCUCCAAGUUUGAUAGGGAAAAAAAUAACAAGGCGGUUUUUAAUGAGGAUGUCUGAAUAUGGAGCAUUGCCUAUUAUUUUGUAAUUUUGUUUGACAAAGACUCAAGGAGGGUCAUGUUUUGAUCCCUGUGAUAUGAAGCGUUUCCGCCAUUUUUGCCGAAUAAUGUGGUCUCUACUUUUAUUUUUGGCUGGUUACUACUAUGAGGUUUCACUGCAAA